CGGAUGGAAUUCGAACGCCAUCUUUAUACCAGCGCUACCGGUAGCUACACUGGGGACGCUAAGCUGCUGCUCCACCACCACGGGAACCGCCGACUGACUAACCCACGUUCGAGCCUCUCUCCCUCCACCCGCACAUCAUCGACAGCCUGAUACUGAAAACCAUGGCAGACCGAGAGCACUUAGUAUAUCAGGCUAAACUCGCCGAACAAGCCGAGAGAUAUGAUGAAAUGGUUGAGUCCAUGAAGGAGGUGGCGGGGAUGGAUGUUGAGCUGACGGUGGAGGAGAGGAACCUGCUGUCGGUGGCGUACAAGAACGUGAUCGGCGCCCGCCGUGCCUCCUGGAGGAUCAUCAGCAGCCUGGAGCAGAAGGAGGAGAGCAAGGGCGGGGAAGACAAACUCAAAAUGAUCCGGGAAUACCGGCAAACGGUUGAGACUGAGCUGAAAUCAAUCUGUAACGACAUUCUGGAUGUACUGGACAAGCACCUUAUUCCUGCUGCAAACACAGGAGAGUCCAAGGUCUUCUACUACAAAAUGAAGGGUGACUACCACAGGUACCUGGCAGAGUUCGCCACGGGCAACGACAGGAAGGAGGCGGCGGAGAACAGUUUGGUGGCGUACAAAGCGGCCAGCGACAUCGCCAUGAUCGAGCUUGCUCCCACGCACCCCAUCCGGCUCGGACUGGCUCUCAACUUCUCAGUCUUUUAUUAUGAAAUUCUCAAUUCCCCCGACCGUGCGUGCAGGUUGGCGAAGGCAGCAUUUGACGACGCCAUCGCAGAACUGGACACCUUGAGUGAGGAGAGCUACAAGGAUUCCACCCUCAUCAUGCAGCUGUUACGGGACAACCUAACGCUAUGGACCUCAGACAUGCAGGGAGAUGAUUCUUAAGGACUGUCCCUUUCUCCCCUUCCCUAUAGAACUGUAUUAGUGAAGAACAGAACAAAGAGACUGUGCAGGAUGUGGAGGAGGAGACCCAGUGAGACGUCACACGGCCAAAACUACACCCCCGUUCCUGCCCCUGCUGCCCCCAUCUACCUGCCCUGACCCCUGCUGCCCCCAUCUACCUGCCCUGACCCCUCCCCCCCCCCCGGUUCUCCAGGGGUUGGGGGGUUCCCACCUCUGCUUUAACUCUGACCCAGCCCCCCUCCCUCCCUUCUCUCUCUGUCUCUCUCUCUCUGUCUCUCUCUCUCUGUCUCUCUCUCUCUCGCUCUACCUCUGGUCUCAGAGCCCCUGACGGCUGCCUGGAGUUGAUCUCUUCUUUUUCUCUGUCUUUAUUUGAUAUCCCCAUUAAUUAAUUGCCCCUUUAAUUAAAAUAUAUAUCCAUGGAGAUAAACACAAGCAAACCUUUUCAGCCUGACUGGCUGAUGGAUUCAUUUUAAACCUCUGGUUACAAAUCUGCUCUGUAAGGUUUGUGUCUUCUUUUUGGAUAAGUUGUUUUCCGUCUAUAGAUGUCGCUACAUCCUCAGUUGCCAAGUACGUUUUGCCUGCAGUGGUCACAUUCACAUGACAAAAACGUAGAUUUUUAACACUGAAACAUUACCCUCAUGCUGUCAGGUGUGUCUAGACUGUAACUGGCCUCUGCUCUCACGAGAGGAGGAGGACUGAUGCUCUCAAAAGGGACAUGAGCUUCUAGAAGGAACCCAGGGGCCCUGUAAUUUGGUAGAUAGCCCUCCUCUCUCUCUGUCUCUCUCUCUCAUUGUUCAUAGUCCCCCUUCAGUUCUGGUUUCCUGUUCGAGUUUGGUCUGAGUUCGUCUGGGCGUGUUGUGAGGUCUGGUGCUUGUGGCUGGAGAGGGGGAGGUGUGUAGCAGAAAGAGCCCUCACACGCCUCCUCUCUGAGGGGGAGUACGUGCACCUUUGCUGGGCCUCGGUUUUAAGGAAAGAAAAUACACAUCCAGGGUUAAAGCUUCCUGCCCCGUUCUCCCCACCCGCCAACUUACGUUGUUCAGAAUAGCCCUCCUCUCCUCCUCUCGUCUCUUUCUUUUCUCUCUUUCUCUCUGUCCCCCCACCCCCCCACCUCUCCUUCCUUGUUUUCUCUUCCGUUCAGUAUGUGGAACUUGAAUCAGAUUUGUACUACUGGAUCCUCAGCGCGUGGCCCUCGCCCCGUCUGUAUUCUUACUGAAACACAGCAUGGAAUUAACAUUAAACUUCAACUAAAAAACAAACCUGAAUGAAA